GAGGGAGAUGGAAGAAACCUAAGAAUAAAAUUAAUGAAUUAAUGAUUUGAACUGUUCUUCUUUCUUCUCAAUUGCCUCAAGUAGUUUCAGUUUCCUCUCCGAUGUUUUUAGCUUAUGAUUUUGCGAAUUUUACUUUCUUCUCGAAUAUGGAAAGUUUAGGACUCUCAAUUAGUUGUACAAAUCUUCAGUUUGUUAAACAAGAUAGUUUUUAUAUCUUUGUGUUAUCGGUAUAUUCGAGAAAAUUGAGGUUCGUUCAUUCUGUGUAGCCGCGAUUAUAUCUCUCUAAGGAUCGUGAGGGAGAUGGAAGAAACCUCUCCUGAUCCUUGUGUAGUAUUCCUUUAGAAUGAGUGGUGGCCGGCAGCGGACCCUCGGGGUUGGGAUUCAGCAUAUUUUAGACGAUCUGAAACGAAUGCAGGCUGAGAAUCCUGCUUUUUACUAUGCAGUUCAGGGCGAUGGAGAUCACUCUGGGUGGAGUAUAUUGGGAAUCGGAAUAUAGGCUUAACCAAGAUGCUGUUGCACAGGUUCUUCCAGGAACCCGCCAUUGUUUUUGCAAGUGGGCUAUAUUCAGAGAAACACAGGCUGCAGAUCCAUAUUCAAGGAGGAUAUUCAGAAAGUUCCAGGAGGAAUUGGUAGAAACUCUUGCCAAUCCUACAACCAAAAUUGAUGAUACAGGAGCCGUGGCAAGUAGUGAAAUUUGGGGAAGAUCAUAAAGCACAUGCGGUUAGUUUUAAUUCGUUUGAGUUGAAAGCUAAUUGCAGCUAUCAAUUGUUUGAAUAUUCGGGAAUAAUUUGCAGACAUAUAUUAGUAGUUUUCCUUCUCAAUAUGUAUUGAAACGGUGGACUAGAAAUGACAGAAAUGGAGAUGUAAUAGAUGGCCAUAAUUCUGAAUUGCCAAUUGAAUCUAGAGAUUCUUUGACUGUUAGGUACAAUAAUCUUCCUCAAGAAGCAAUCAAAUGUAACAUCUCAAGCUCACCGCUACCAGAUAUUGUCUGCUUUAGCCUGUUAUGUAUCGCCGUCAGCCUCACGGUUUUAAA